AUGCUGGCUCCUCCGACUUUGCUCGCCCUGUCGGGUGAAGGGCCUGAAGUCACGGUUUCCAAGAUUCCCGGUUGCAAGGAAGCGACGACGGUUCAGGAGUGGAAGUGCACCGGCUUUGAUGACGACAUUGUUCGAAGCAUGUACGCGAGAACCACGACUGAGUACGGCUGGGUCUGCGGCCUAUACUCAACUGGCGGGUGCACUGGGAGCCCUUUGUUCACUUGGGUGUCGGCCAUGGACGUCGACCGUUGCGCCAGUGGUGGAGGGUGGAACACUCAACAUAUUCGCAGCGUCAUGUGUUCCACGUACCCCAGGCAUGAGCAGGGUGCGCGGGGCUCUGCGAAUACGUUGGAGCUGUGA